UUACGUAUUUUCUCAAGGUCUGGAGCAGAACCAAGUCUACACGAGAAUUUUUUGCCAAUCACCUAUGAAGCUCCUGAUUUUGAAGUUGCACUUCUGCAAUGAAGAAAAGGAGACGGCUCGCUGCAAAUGUAAAUGAAAAGGUUCAUCUUGGCCAUGAGAAAGAUACUUCAGAACAGAUUCUUGUAGUAGACUGUGCACAGGAAGUUGUCUCAAAGUCUGCAGAAACUGCUCCUGCAGAUCAGCUUGAAUCUUCCCAAGAAUUUUCACCGUCAUCAGAACAAAGAAAGCUCCUAAGCUCAUUGCAGUAUAACAAAAAUCUGCUUAAAUACUUAAAUGACGAUAGACAGAAACAUCCAUCAUUUUGUGAUUUACUCAUAAUUGUAGAAGGAAAAGAAUUUAGUGCUCACAAAGUUGUAGUGGCUGUUGGAAGUAGUUAUUUUCAUGCCUGUUUGAGCAAAAAUCCAAGCACCGAUGUUGUCACGUUAGAUCAUGUAACUCAUUCUGUCUUUCAGCAUUUGCUUGAGUUUCUCUACACCUCUGAGUUUUUUGUAUAUAAAAAUGAAAUUCCGUUAGUGCUGGAAGCAGCAAAAUUUUUAGAUAUCAUAGAUGCAGUGAAGUUACUAAAUAAUGAAAGUGUUUCUAACGUACAGACUGAUGUGGUAACUGAUGCACCUACACCAGUAGAAACACUCAAUGAACUGACAGGUAAACUAUUAAAUAGUCAUCAGUGCACUUUUUGUGGUCGAAGUUUUUGUUACAAGAAGUCCUUAGAAAAUCAUUUGGCUAAAACCCACAGAUCCCUUUCACUGGAAAGAAAACAUGGCUUAAAAAUGGUUGAGAAGGCCAACUUUUCCACUAGACGUUCUACGAGAAACCGUAAAUGUCCAGCUAAAUUUGAUAACAGUGACAAUGAAAGUGGUGAUGCCUCUGACAGCAAUUUGGAAAAAGUCAGUUCUGACAAGGAAACAUCUGAUAGAAGCGAAUUUGAAGACAGUGAAAGUGAAUGCAAUGCUGAUGAAGAGGGACCGGAAGAGGAAAUGUCAGGUGAAGAUUCAGACUCUGAAGAACAAAGUGAAAAAGAACAGAAUGAUACUGAAGAGGGUUCUGAGGCAGUUGAUUCAGUGGGAAAUAUUCCUGAAGGCUUAGCUCCAGUCAUCAUUCAAAGCAGUAGCAAAAAACUACUGCAGUGUCCCAAGUGUGACAAAAAAUUUGAUCGAAUAGGCAAAUAUGAGAGCCAUACACGUGUACACACGGGUGAGAAGCCUUUUGAGUGUGAUAUAUGUCAUCAGCGCUAUUCAACGAAGUCCAACCUGACAGUGCACAGAAAGAAACACUCUAGUGAUACUGACUUUCAUAAAAAGGAACACAAAUGUCCCUACUGCAAUAAGCUGCAUGCAAGCAAAAAGACUUUAGCAAAGCACGUGAAGAGGUUUCAUCCAGAGAAUGUACAAGAAUUUCUUUCUAUCAAGAAGACAAAGAGUGAAGGUUGGAAAUGUGAUAUUUGUAAGAAAUCUUUCACUCGAAGACCUCAUUUAGAAGAGCAUAUGAUCCUUCACUCUCAGGAUAAACCCUUUAAGUGUACCUACUGUGAAGAGCACUUUAAAUCCCGAUUUGCAAGACUGAAACAUCAAGAAAAAUUCCAUCUCGGGCCUUUUCCUUGUGAUAUUUGUGGCCGCCAGUUUAAUGAUACAGGAAAUCUGAAGCGCCAUAUAGAAUGUACUCAUGGAGGAAAGAGAAAAUGGACAUGUUUCAUCUGUGGAAAAUCCGUUAGGGAACGAACAACUUUGAAAGAACAUCUGAGAAUUCACAGUGGAGAGAAGCCUCAUCUUUGCAGUAUUUGUGGGCAGAGUUUUCGUCAUGGAAGCUCUUACAGACUUCAUCUAAGAGUCCACCAUGAUGACAAGAGAUACGAAUGUGAAGAAUGUGGGAAAACAUUUAUUCGGCAUGACCAUCUGACAAAACACAAAAAAAUACACUCAGGUGAAAAAGCACAUCAGUGCGAGGAAUGUGGAAAAUGUUUUGGCCGUAGAGAUCACCUUACUGUUCAUUAUAAAAGCGUUCAUCUAGGAGAAAAAGUUUGGCAGAAAUACAAAGCAACAUUUCACCAGUGUGAAGUCUGUAAGAAAGUUUUUAAAGGGAAAUCAAGUUUGGAAAUGCAUUUUAGGACACAUUCAGGCGAGAAACCCUACAAAUGUCAAAUCUGUAAUCAGUCUUUUAGAAUUAAGAAGACAUUAACAAAACACAUGGUUAUUCAUUCAGAUGCUCGACCUUUUAAUUGCCAACACUGCAAUGCAACAUUUAAACGAAAAGACAAGCUGAAAUAUCAUAUUGAUCAUGUUCAUGGAUCAAAGGCUGCAGAAGAGGCAUUGACAUCUUCUUCAGAGGAAAAACUAGUCUCCUUACCAGUGCAGUACACUUCUGAUGACAAAGUUUACCAAACUGAGGCUAAACAAUAUGUGGAACAGUCCAAAGCAUAUCAAUCAGAAGCCAAAACUUUGCUACAGAAUGUAUCUACAGAAGUAUGCGUGCCUGUGACUCUGGUACCAGUUCAGAUGUCUGAUCCGCAAGCUGAUCUAGUACAGCAUACUACUCAGUCACAUGGCAUUCUUCCUCCACAACCUGAGCAGACAGAUUAUCAACGAGCAACAGAUCUAUCAUUUCUAGAGAAAUAUACUCUUACUCCACAACCUGCAAAUAUUGUUCAUCCUGUAAGGCCUGAGCAAAUGUUGGAUCCUAGAGACCAGUCAUAUCUUGGAACUUUACUGGGGCUAGAUACAGCUCCUACUGUACAGAAUAUUUCAAACAAUGAACAUUCAUGAUCAGACCAUAACAUUCCACCUAAUUUACUAAGCCAUUAGCCAACAGAAGGCUGAUAUGGCAAUUAGGAUUUAUAUUUUAUAUUUUAUUUGGACUCACGAGUCUUCUGCAUAGUUUUGGAAAAACAGGUUUGUUUACAUAAUAUUUGAACAUUUAGGCACAUUUUGAUGCAUACUGAAAGAGUGUUUCUUGUGAUUUUAAGAGUUUUUAAAAAUCUUAUAGAUGGUCUUUUAAAAAUUAUGCUCUGAAAUAUCUUUUAAGGAUAGUGGCUGAAAAAUGUAAUUACAUAUCUGGCUGUUAAUUUUUAAAAAAUUGUUUGCCUUUCUGCAUCUCACUUUGAGUUAAUGUUUUAAGUGUAAUAGAAAGCAUUCUGGAAGAAUAAGGACUAUAUCAAAUUCAUUAAAAGUUGUAAGGGCAGGCAGGGAUAUAAACCACAAACUUUGAAUUAUGUUUGACACAGAAAUUAAAAUAUAAUUUUGCUUGAACCCUCAGGCAUUUUUGGAGGGUUUUAAAGUCUGCCGAACUCUGGAGCCUAGCCAAUAGACACAGGAACUAGAUUCUUCUGAAAAGUGAUUCAGAUAUUUUAUGAAGACACUAAACAGGGUGUUUGGUGAUCCCCGUGAGUAUAAUUAGGCUGCCUGAAUUUGGCCUCUUAAUUCUGCCUUGAUCUCUAAUAUUGAAUUAUGUGGGAAGAUUUAGUAUUGUCUAAUUUUCUACAGUUAGUCCUGUAUAAUUUUAAUAUGCUUUUUUUUUUGCUUUUCCAAUCUUGUCCUGUAAAGUGUGCCCCCAGCUUUGGAAGAAAUGGGAGUAUUUGCAAGGUCAUUUUAAUCUAUGAACAGUCAUAAAGGAUUGGCGUGGUUUAUCCUUGUUAGAGCCUGAGUUAUACCAGGGUCCCAUAUUAGCAUGCCCAUUUUCGGGUUAUCUGUGAUAGAGAAGAAAUUUAAAGGCUAUUAUUUCCAGAACAGUACUCAACUUUUAUUUAAAAAAAGAAAUAAUCAGUAAUUAUAAAUCUCUUGUGAGUUGCUAAUGAAAUUGUUUUGUUUCUCGCUUUCUUGUACUGUGUUUAUAAAACAAAGUCAAACUCUUGAGAGUA